AUGACUCAUAGAUGGAUUAAGAUUGCUAGACAAUGCUAUUCUGAUACUGACCUUGCAAAUGCUGAUACUUUUAUACGACAAGCUUCUAACAAUAGUUGUCAAAUAAAAGAAAAUAAGAAUUUAGAUAUGGAGAUUAUAGACCCACAAACCUUGAAUAAAAAACAAAUAAAAACAGCAGAGAUAGAUAAGUCAUACCUUAUAAAAGCAAUUAGAUAUUUGCUUCAUCAGAUAGCAGAAGUCAGGUCCAAAUUACUAGUACUUGUACUUGCUUCAACAGAUGCUGCAACCUUCAAUAUAAAUAGUAUAAUGAUCUAUUUGAUACUAUCACUUGCAAUAAAUGAUAGAGAUAAUAAAUUAAAUAUUAAUAGUGAAAAAUUAAAAAAAACUACAAAAGAG